AAAAUAUUUCUCCUUUACGAUUUUCUCGAAGAUAUAUCAUUGUUUGAAAAAGCUUUGAUGCAUCAGAAAUUUGGUGAUCAGAUGUUGGCUGAUUUGAUUAUAUUUGAGUUUUGGUUCUAUUUGUCAGAUGGUUUAGUUAAGAAACAUGAUAGGUUUUGA